ACUUUCUUGUCUUCAUUUAGUAUAAUUGCAACAACAAUAACUCCAUGUCCGAGCCGAGCUUCCCCGUGCCGACGUUGUUUCAAGUGCCCAAUAGUGGUAGCCAAGAGGAAGAGAAGAAAGCAGCUGGUUACGUCAACUAUGAAGUAGAGCCUGGCUUCACCAUUCGUCUGCGUCAGAAUAUUGACCCUGGCAUCGACCCUAAGAAGCUCAAACGCAUCGUUUCAAACCGUGUUGCGGCUCAGAAGUCAAGGUUGAAGAAGCUUCAAUAUGUUGAUGAUUUAGUGAAGAAAUCCAAGGAGCUCCAAAGGCAGGUGAGUGUGUUGCGUUCCCAAGUAGAGAUAGCGAGUGAGCAGAAGCGAUGUCUAGAGAGUGAGCAAAGGGAGAUUAAGGAGUGUAUGUCUGCUUGGCUCGAACGUUUUAUCUCCAAACAAGGUGAGAUUGAGGUGUACAAAGCGGAGAUAGAGAGGCUGAAGAAGAAAAUGGAUCGUCUGAUUUGACUACCCUCAUGCACCCAAAUUUCAUGUGUUUCUUUUGAUACAGAAUUUUUUUUUUUAAUCAAAGCAGUAUACAGUAAUGUGUAUGUGGUUUAUGCUUCUAGUUGAAUUGUGCUAAGUGUGUUAUCUUUCUUUUGAAGAAUGAAAAAAAAAAUUAAAUGAUUUCGAGUUUUGGAAAAAAAGUUAUUACCUGAACGAAUUAAUGUUCAACAACACAUAAUUACAUUAGUGCGUGUUUUAUUAGAGUUUCUUUCCCUUUCUCAACGUUUAUUGGUUGUUUUUUGUUAAUAUAGAAAGUGCCAAUACUGAAUUUAAUAAUUGUUGAAAACGGUUGUAUAUAUAGAGAGUUAAAAAAACGGCUAUAUAAA